AUGUCAAAAAAGACAUACAAAACCGUCCUCGACUUCUGGUUCGGACCCGAGUCCUCCAGCAGCUACUUGAAACAAAAGUCAUUCUGGUACGGCAGCCCAUCGGAUGAUGCAUACGUGCGAAAGCAUCUGUGUGAGCCAUAUCAAGCCGCAAAGAAUGGCGAACUCGACACAUGGACCCGCGCUGGGAAUGGAGAUGGAGCAUUAGCUCUAAUUCUGCUCCUCGAUCAAGUGCCUCGCAACAUUUUUCGUGAUAAGCCAGAGGCAUAUGGAACCGAUUCAAAAGCAGUUUCUGUUGCACGGUACGCGAUAGGUCAAGGCUGGGAUAAGCGCCUCCCAAAUAUACAGAGGCGUUAUAUGUAUUCUCCUUUCAACCAUUCUGAAGAUUUGAACGAUCAGGAGCUGUCAGUGAAGCUCUUUACGGAAAUGGGGGAUCGCUACCAUCUCAGCUUUGCAGAGAGCUUCUACGAUCAGAUCAAGGAAAACGGGCGCUUUAAGCAUCGUGAUGUUAUUCUAGGGCGAUAA